GCGGCCGGUGGGCUCCGCCCUUAACCAAGAUGGCGACACGGGUGGGACCGGAAAGAGCUUAUAGAUUUCUUCUUGACUCCGGUCCGACGUAGAGGCGGGACUGCCCUAUGAAGCCCCACCCCUUCCGCCGUGCGCCCGCGAGGGGCAAUGACGUCAUGCCGGGACGCCACCUACCCCUGUCGGGUUCCUGACUUGUGUUCCGUCGACAGCGGUAGUGACGCGUAUUGCUUGGAGGAUGGCGGACGCCGGCUUGCGCCGCGUGGUUCCCAGCGACCUGUAUCCCCUUGUGCUUGGUUUUCUGCGCGAUAACCAGCUCUCAGAAGUGGCCAAUAAGUUCGCCAAAGCGACAGGCGCCACACAGCAAGAUGCCAACGCCUCUUCCCUCUUGGACAUCUAUAGCUUCUGGCUGAAGUCCACCAAGGCCCCAAAGAGGAAGUUACAGGCAAACGGGCCAGUGACUAAGAAAGCUAAGAAGAAGACCUCUUCCAGUGACAGUAGUGAGGACAGCAGUGAGGAGGAAGAACAAGCUCAAGGGCCUCCAGCUAAGAAGGCUGCUGUACCUGCCAAGCGGGCCAGUCUGCCUCAGCAUCCUGGAAAGCCUGUGGCCAAAGCAUCAGAGAGCAGCAGCAGUGAAGAAUCCAGUGAUGAUGAGGAACAGAAGGACAAAAAGAAAAAACCUGUCCAGCAGAAGGGAGUUAAACCCCAAGCCAAGGCACCCAAGGCAGUCAAAACUCCUCCUAAGAAGGCCAAGAGCUCAGAUUCUGAUUCUGACUCAAGCUCAGAAGAUGAGGCACCAAAGAACCAGAAGCCAAAGACAAUACCUGUUGUAGCUAAAGCUCAGGCUAAAGCCCCAGCCAAACCAGGUCCGCCAGCUCGAGCAGCACCUAAAGUAACCAAUGGUAAAGCACCUAGUAGCAGUAGCAGCAGCAGUAGCAGUAGUAGCAGCGAUGACUCAGAGGAGGAGAAGGCAGCAGCCGUUCCCAAGAAGAUACAGACUGUACCUAAAAAGCAAGUCGUGGCCAAGGCCUCAGUGAAAACAGCUGCCAUCCCUACCCAGAAGAGUUCCAGCAGUGAAGACUCCUCCAGUGAAGAGGAAGAGGAGCAGAGAAAACCCAUGAAGAAAAAACCAGGUCCCUAUAGUUCAGUACCCCCUCCUGCUCCCCCACUGAAGAAGUCCCUGGGAAACCAGCCUCCCAAGAAAGCUGCAGAGAAGAAACAGCCUGUGGAAAGCAGUGAAGACAGCAGUGAUGAGUCUGAUUCAAGUUCUGAGGAAGAGAAGAAACCACCAGCUAAAGCAAACAUCUCUAAAGCAACCACCAAACCAGCUCCAGCAAAGAAGGCAGCAGAGAGCUCUUCAGACAGCUCAGACUCUGACAGCUCUGAGGAUGAAACUCCUUCCAAGCCAGUGAGCAACGCCAAGAAUUCCUCAAGUAAUAAGGUAGCUGCCACUACCAAGCCACUUGUAGCUAGGCCAGCGGCAGCUCCCAAGCAACGUGUAGGCAGUGGCCAGAAGCCUCUGACAAGAAAGGCUGAUAGCAGCUCCAGCGAGGAAGAGAGCAGUUCUAGCGAGGAGGAGGAGAAGACAAAAAAGACUGUAGCCACCUCUAAGUCCAAGGUGACUGUCAAAGCAGCUCCAUCUUUGCCUGCCAAGCAGGCUCCUCAAGGUGGAAGGGAUAGCAGCUCUGAUUCCGACAGCUCCAGUAGUGAGGAGGAGGAGGAAGAGAAGCCAUCUAAAUCCCCAGUUAAGAAGGCGCAGAAGGCAGCAGGAGGUGUGGCCCCUUCUAAGCCAGCCUCUACAAAGAAAGUGAAAGCUGAGAGCAGCAGUUCUUCCUCUGAUGAUUCCAGUGAGGAGGAGGAAGAGAAGCCCAAGGGUAAGGGCACUCCAAGACCACAAGCCCCCAAGGCCAAUGGCACCACUGCACUGACUGCCCAGAAUGGAAAAGCAGCCAAGGAUGGUGAGGAGGAGGAGGAGGAAGAAAAGAAAAAGGCAGCAGUGGCAGUUUCCAAGCCAGGUUCGGGAAAGAAGCGGAAGCAGAAUAAGGCUCCCAAGGAGGCAGAGACUCCUCAAGCCAAGAAGAUAAAGCUCCAGACCCCCAACACAUUUCCAAAGAGGAAGAAAGGAGAAAAAAGAGCAUCAUCCCCAUUCCGAAGGGUGAGGGAGGAGGAAAUUGAGGUGGAUUCACGAGUGGCAGACAAUUCCUUUGAUGCCAAGCGAGGUGCAUCUGGAGACUGGGGGGAACGAGCCAAUCAGGUUCUGAAGUUCACCAAGGGCAAAUCCUUCCGUCAUGAGAAAACCAAGAAGAAGCGAGGCAGCUACCGGGGAGGCUCCAUCUCUGUCCAGGUCAAUUCUGUCAAGUUUGACAGCGAGUGACCUGAGCCAUCCUUUGUGAAGCAGGGUGAUGAUCUGAGACCACUCACUCUCUCCAGUGGACUGGGAACCCUCAGUUCUGUUAGGGGAGGUGUUGGUGAGGACAGAAGUUUAGGGUAGGUCCUAAGCCUUUAUAACGUAAUAUCAUCUCUGGCCCUUUUCUGUGUUCCUAGUUUUGUACAGAUUUCAUUUUGAGUGUUGAUUAGCAGGGACAAAGUAAGGGGAAUGUUAUUUUAUAACAAAAUUUAUUUUAGUUGUCCCCAUCUUCCUGUUCUGUGGAAGUACACAUACUGAGAAAUUUGUAUAUUUUAUAUUAAAUCAUUUCCUAUUGAUUUUUGUUGUGAUUUUCAAAGGUGGAUUCCCACAGACAAAAUCUUAACUGUUACCCAAGACAUACUAAAGGGUCAACCAUAUGUUUGACUUUAUAAUUGGAGGAGAAUUCUGCCUUUGAGAGUGCACAUGUCUACAUUUCAUCCCUCCUUCCCUCAAAACCCUGUUGAGGGGCAUUAAAGAAUGGUUAUGUGUAUAUGUCUGUUGAGCAUGCACUAUGUAGCCCAUCCUCAUUCACUGGGUCUGGGACUGAAGUUUUCAGCCAGCGUGGACUGACUGACUUUUUGUGAUAAAAUUCACUGUUUUAUUACAGGCAAAAUUCUGGUGUGGUGUGAAUGCUGUGGGUCAGUCUGUGUACAUUUUUUCUGUAAUUUUAUCAUUAUCACAUAAUGUUUGCAAUACAUGUUUUUUAAUUUGAAAGCAAACUUUUCUACUGUAAAAAGACAUUUUUUGAUGACCCUUACUAGUAUUGAGUACUAAGUUGAGGACUGCAUCUUUGCGUUUUCUACAUUAUAGAGAGCAAGGUAACAUUAAUUAAUUUAAUCUGAAAAGUACAUAUCACUUGGUAUUUCUGUCUUGGUAGCUGUGAUGUCACAAUUGGCUUCAUUAAUUUCUACAUGGUUGAGAAUUAUUGAUCAAGAAAGUGAAAAAAAAAACCUUUAAAAACCUCAAUCCUCGGUAAGAGGUAGGUUACAUUAUGUGAAUUUAUAGGUAACCUGUGUAUGUGCUAAUGGAGGUGGAAAGAACCUGUACAAAACAUUAUCUGACAGACUUGAGUGGAGUGGGUUUGGGAGAACAACUUAACAUGAUUAUUGUGUCUCAUUGAUAUAUGGGAGCAGUUGAUGUGCUCCCUUCAGAACCUUACCUGUUAAUAACUGUGGACUUAACAGCACAAACCAGUGAGCAGUGGUACAGCUCCUAGGCCAGGCUAGCUGUAGGAGGUGACCAGUGACUGACCAGUGGCAGUGCUCAGCCAGACUAAGUUGGGGAGGGAAGAGUCAACGAGCUUUCUGGAGGCUGGGCUGUCCCAGUGGUGGGAAAGUGUGCUGCAGGCUUUCAUGGAUGAGGUCUUAAGAUUAGCCUCCUCUUGUUUGGAUUCCACACUUGAUAAAUAACCUGAUAAUAACCUGGUUUUCCAUGUAACUGCCUCUAGGAAGAAAAUUCACUGUUCAUGCUGAGAUAGGUAUUUCAGUCUGCAUGGUAAAAGUUCUACAUCCUAAUACAAAAUAAUAAACUGGUUGGUUUAUAAUGUG